CUUCUUGAUAGGAGAAACGUGGUUUCAUUGGCAGUGUGGAGUUACCGCAUUGGAAUGGAUACUUGCGUCAUUCCUUUGAGGCAUGGUGGUCUUUCCUUGGUUCAAACCACAGAUUAUAUUUAUCCUAUCGUCGAUGACCCUUACAUGAUGGGCAGGAUAGCAUGUGCCAAUGUCCUCAGUGACCUCUAUGCAAUGGGAGUCACAGAGUGUGACAACAUGUUGAUGCUCCUUGGAGUCAGUAAUAAAAUGACUGACAGGGAAAGGGAUAAAGUGAUACCGCUAAUUAUACAGGGUUUUAAAGAUGCAGCAGAGGAAGCAGGGACAUCUGUAACAGGCGGCCAAACAGUAUUAAACCCCUGGAUUGUCCUAGGAGGAGUUGCCACAACGGUCUGUCAGCCCAAUGAGUUUAUCAUGCCAGAUAAUGCGGUACCAGGGGACGUGCUGGUGUUAACGAAACCCCUGGGGACACAAGUUGCGGUUGCUGUGCACCAGUGGCUGGAUAUUCCUGAAAAAUGGAAUAAAAUUAAGCUAGUGGUCACCCAAGAAGACGUAGAGUUGGCAUACCAAGAAGCAAUGAUGAACAUGGCACGACUCAACAGAACAGCUGCAGGCCUCAUGCACACGUUCAAUGCCCAUGCAGCUACUGACAUCACAGGCUUUGGGAUUUUGGGCCACGCACAGAACCUGGCCAAACAACAGAGGAACGAGGUGUCGUUUGUGAUUCACAACCUUCCUGUGUUGGCCAAGAUGGCAGCCGUUAGCAAAGCCUGUGGAAAUAUGUUCGGCCUCAUGCACGGGACCUGCCCAGAGACAUCAGGAGGCCUGCUAAUCUGUUUACCACGGGAACAAGCAGCUCGGUUCUGUGCAGAGAUAAAGUCCCCUAAAUAUGGUGAAGGCCACCAAGCAUGGAUUAUUGGGAUCGUAGAGAAGGGCAACCGCACCGCUAGAAUCAUCGACAAACCCCGGAUCAUUGAAGUCGCACCUCAAGUAGCAACUCAAAACGUGAAUCCCACACCUGGUGCCACCUCUUAAUCUAGACAGAAAUAUCUGUUUGGUUUUCUUUUUAAAUAAAUCUAUUUCCUUUGCCAUCACUUCAAUUAAAGACUCUUAAGAACAACAAAAAUCUCGUUGUGUCUACACAUCUGAUGACCCUAGGUCAAUUGUGAGUCGAUGCAAUUAAUAAAAUGAAAUCCAUGGCCUUCUUUUCCUGUUACAUUAAAUGAAGAUGCACCCAAUCUUGAGGCAGCUUCUGAGUUGAGAAUGAUAUUGUUAUCUAAUACUGUUGAUUCAUUUUGAAUCUUUAGAUGCAUAUCUCUUGCCGCAUAGGCGCUUUCUAAAGGUGCUUUCACACCGCACAGACAUUAUGGAGAGUAGUGUCAUUGAGAAGUCUGUGUCUUUUCAUUUUCUGUAUAUUUAUCAUAUCAGUCUGGUCUUUCAGUGUCUCUGAUGGCAUUCUGGAAAGACAGACUUGGUAAGUGACAUGAUGGUCUCCUAGUAGAGUUGCAUGAGUCUUUUGUCUUUGAUUUGUAAAACUGAGUCUAAUAACUCAACAUUUCUUUGACCCAGGAUGUUCUCCAGUAGCUCAUUCAGUUUAGUAAGGCUAGUGCUUUACUCUGCAUGGAAAUUACUUUGAAGACAAAAAAGAAAUUUUCUUUUUUUUUUUUUUUUAAAUAACUUUCCUGAUAUUUGCGGUAAAAUACCAUUAGUGGUUUUCUUUACCAGUAACAAAAAAGAAUAUCUUUUGCAGUUUAAUUAGAUGUUCUAUAGUGCAGCAAGGAAUUGCCUUCCGAUUGGAGGCUUCAUGUAUAAUAAUCAUUUAUAAACCAGUAUAAUUAACUCCACAAAUAAUUUUUAAAUAUAAUCAGUAAUAAAGACUGUUCUGUGGAUGGUAGUAUUUACUACAUUUUAUAUUUUGUAUAGUGAUUUCAGACCUUUUAUUUUCUUCAAAUCAGCAGCUCUUUAGCCUAAUUCUUAGCAUCCCUUUGUCUUUGCGCCAGUACUUUUUUUGUGCACACGUUUUGUGAUCUGUGUUAAAAACCUGCAUUGCCAACAUUGCAGCCCCAACUUAAAAGUUGUUAUUCAAAUAAAUAUUUAAUUUUUUAAA